CGCCGAAAAAGAAAGGCAGACAGUCAGGAUGCCAACAACGAGAGGCUGACCAAGCGCAUGAGUUUGUUGAACAUAGAACAAAAUGGCUCCAGACUCUAUGUUCCCGUCGAGCAGCCACCGCCAGGACCCUCUCUGGCUGCCAGCGAUGCCGCAGCCGCUGGUCUUCCCUCUCUAGAGGAGGAGCACAUGCAGCUCGACGACACGAAACACAAGGUCUACAUUUAUAACCUGGAUGACGAGAUCUCCUCUGACAACGAGUCCGAGCCCGAACAGGGUCGCCUCGUCUUCCUGCCCGAUAUCGAGAAGCACCUGCGCGCAAACCGCAUCCCCGUGCCCAGGCCCAUCCUUCCGAACAAGGACGGGGAGCUAGCCGGCAUGCAGCUGGUCCUGUACUCGGACGGCCCCAGCUCCAUCACCGUGCCAGAGGACCAGGACAGCGUUCGCAAGGCGGUUCUCGAGGCACGUGCAAGGGUGAGGCAGAAGCAG